CAUACUUCCCGUCGUUUUCGCCGCCGUGCACCCACGUCUGCCGCCGGGCCACCCACCGCAUGGCGCCCUGGGUCCGUGCCGUGGUUGGAGCUCAAAUAAAGAAACCGAACCGCUCCCUCGUCCAUGGUUAGCCUUGUCCGGACGGCGCAUGGUAUUGCGUGGCCCUGUGUGCCCGUCCUCGCCGGUCAGUGCCCGUCCCAUAUAUACCAAGACGACCCUAGUUUGGUUCAGCACAGCAAACACUCAAUCAACCUCCCACUCCCGGCGCACCAAGACCAACAACCCACUGCAAGCUAGCUACGGGCACGAGCUCGACAUGGCCGCAUCGGUAGCCUGCGCCUUCUUCUUCGACGCCGAGCCGGUCGGCGAGCCCGGCGUGCACGCGCUGGACGCGUGCGCGCUCUGCACCAAGCCGCUGGCGCGGGACAGCGACAUCUUCAUGUACAGAGGGGACACGCCCUACUGCAGCGAGGAGUGCCGCCACGAGCAGACGCAGCUCGACGCCGCCUGCGCCAGGCAGGCGGCCAGGGCGGCCGCCCGGAGGCAGAAGCAGUUCUCUUCGGGAACGGAGUCCGGGCGUGCACGCCGGGAGUCCUGGGAGGUGUCCGUCACGAGCUAACCGGCCAGAGCGGCAGGCUGGGUACGUCCAACAAGAUCUGAGUGCACGAAACCGCCGUCGCCCGUGGCCAACUGAUCAGUGCGGGAUCGAGGAGACUCGCCUUGGUUGAAGAAUCAAGACGCGGGUCACCGGAGUUGCUCACGGCAGGCCGGCGCUGCAUGUGCCGCCGAUCAGUUGAAGGGGCUGGACUGGAUCUGAAGAAGUCAACCAGACAAGAUUCACCACGCAAUUAGGCGGCCAUGUGUGCCCCUCGCAGUCCCUCGGCUCUCCUUUUCUCCUGCGUCAAUGUCACUUCUGUAUGAUAGCGAAUUUGCUUUAGGCAAUAGCACUUUCACUGGGUAAACUAUCAAGCGAAUCGACGUAUAACAUGUCUUUGUGCAA